AUGGUGGUGAUUGAGUAUGAGCAGUGUGUCCACUUUGAGGAUAGCCUCAGGGAUAACUUGAGGGUUCUGAUAGCUCCGCAGAGGGAGCGAGAUUUUUCUACAUUGGUCGAGAAGGCAAAGAUCACCGAGGAGGUUAAGUGCACUGAGCGCCAAAAUCGCGAUAGAGAGAGAGGUAAGGACAAGAGGGAUUCAGAGCCCUCGAGUUUUGUACAAAGGCCUAAGAAAAAGGCCAGAGCUAAUGGGCCAGUCAGAGCUGGGCCCCCUGUUGCUGUGCUGGACCGUAGCCAUGUGCCGGUUAUGGUAGACACCAUCAAGCUGAGGUUAUCAGUUGAGAGUACUGUGAGUAAGGUCACCAUACUGAGCCCGCUGGGGCAAUUGGUUAGAGUUAGCAAACUGUAUAGAGAUGUUCCUUUAGAGGUUCAAGGGACCGUAGUUUUGGCUGACUUUAUGGAGCUUCCAUUUAGAGAGUUCGAUAUGAUAUUAGGGAUGGGUUGGUUGGUAAAGCACCGAUCAUGGUUGGGAAGCACCAGCUCUGCGCUAGUGGCGGAGAAGUUGGUUCAUAAGGGAUGUGAGGCAUUUUUGGCCUACAUAAAUAUUUCUGAUUCUGGGGACUCUACUGUUAAGGACAUCAAAAUGGUAAAAGAUUUUCUAGACAUCUUCCCUGAAGAGCUACUAGGGUUACCUCCAAAUCGUGAAGUGGAGCUUGGGAUAGAGAUCCUUCUUGGUACAGCUCCUGUGUCCAUCGCUCUCUACCGAAUGGCACCAAAGGAGCUUACGGAGCUUAAGGCUUAG